AUGGGUAGAAGCCAUGCUACUAGGACCAAUGAUCAUAAGGUGGUGUCAACUUUGUUCAAUCGCACAUCUUUAGCCAUUUCAGUCAUCCGCGCGCCAUCAUCAGUGAUGGUGGCUCACAUUUCACCAAUAGACACUUUGGCUCACUAUGAAAAAGAAAUUGAAUCAAAUGAUAAACUCGCUGAAGAGCUAAAGCAACAGGUGAAAGAAAUGUUAAUGGCCUCAACGAGUGAUCCACUAGAGAAAGUUUCUUUGAUUAACUCUAUACGUCGUCUUGGUGUGUCAUAUCACUUUGAGACAGAAAUUGAAGAACAACUAACUCAAAUUUUUGAAGCACAACCUAACCUUGGGGAUGAUAAUGAUUAUGAUCUCUACACUAUUGCUCUUUUAUUUCGAGUUUUUAGACAAUAUGGUUUCAAGAUUUCUUGCGCCGUGUUCAACAAGUUGAAGAAUAGUGAUGGUAUGUUCAAGGAAAGUUUAACCAACGAUGUAAGAGGCAUGCUGAGUUUAUAUGAAGCGACACAUUUGAUACUACAUGGGGAAGAAAUUCUUGAGGAGGCCCUUGUUUUCACAACCUCUCAUCUCAAGUCCUUUGCCAAAAAAUCAAGUCCUCAUUUAGCAAAACAUAUAAUGAAUGCCCUUGAUUUGCCCUUGCACCAAGGUAUUCCAAGAUUGGAAGCACGCCAGUACAUCUCUUUCUAUGAAGAAGACCAUGAAUUUAGAAAUGAAACUCUACUCAUGUUUGCAAAAUGGUGGAAGGAUUGUGACUUGGCAUCAAAGUAUCCUUACUCAAGAGACAGAAUUGUGGAUAUCUACUUUUUGUCGAUAGCAGAUUAUUUUGAGCCUUGUUUCUCGAUGGCCCGGAUAAUAUAUACUAAAAUUAUAAUGAUUCUUACAGUUAUAGAUGAUACAUAUGACACAUAUGGUACAGUUGAAGAGCUCCAAAGUUUCACAGAUGACCUAGAAAGGUGGGAUUCUAGUGCACUAGUUGAUUUGCCAGAAUAUAUGCAAGCUCUUUAUAGUGCUAUCUUGAAUCUUUACAAUGAAUUAGACGAAGAAAUGAGCAAAGAAGGAAGAUCUUAUAGUGUCUCAUUUACAAAGGAUAAACUGAAGGAGCUUGCCAGGGCCUAUCUGCUCGAGGCCCAGUGGUUCCAUGAAGGAUUCGUCCCAUCAUUCGUAGAACGUAUGGAAAAUGCAUUGGUCACUGGUACUUGUUUUUACAGCAUAGCAGCAUUAUUUGUGGGAAUGGGAGAAAUUGCAGGGUGUUAA